AUGGCGGACUUCCUACCAGAUUCGGCACAGGACUCACUGUCAACCUCUGAAGACGAUGACAUGGGCUUUGUAACAAUGCCGAACCCACCUAGCAGGGGCAAGGCAGUGCCUACAAAACAAUCCAAUCCCCCCCUGGCUACUAAAGCAGAUCUAGCCAACAGAUCUGGCCUCAAGGCCUUUUUCUCCUCUGAGGUGGCUGUGCUGAAAGAGGACAUUAGAAACCUAACAGGCCACAUGCGGGCUACAGAGGAAGAGGUCCACGACCUAAGAGUCAAACAAGACACCUCUUCAUCCCAAAUACAGGAACUCUCCAGUACCUGCUCACAACUAAAUGCCAAGGUGGGGCGAUUGGAGGACGCGAUGCGGCAACGCAAUCUGAAGGUACGGGGGAUACCUGAUGCCAUAAAUGCAGCUGCACUACCUCAGUAUAUUAGGAGGCUAUUUUCCAGUACUCUAACGCCCAAACAAGCUAAGGGACUGUCCAUGGAGGGAAUUUACUGCAUACCAGGGGAUACUCGUGCUGCAACCCCAGCCACCAGAGAUGUUAUCCUGUGCUUUAAGUCAUGGAGCGACAAGGCGCUACAAUGGCGGGCAUCCCUCAAAGGAGUAACCUCCAAACUGCGAGCAGUGUUUGUCCCAUAUAGGUGGGGCCACCCGAAAGCCCUCAUAGCUGAGAAAGACUACCACCGAUUUUGGCUGACAUCGGCGACGGAAGCCACCUCUUUCCUGUAA